CUUGAAAAGAACGUCAAAGAUGUAGGUAGUUUUCUCACUUUGCAACCCAACCUAGACGUGAAUAUGGAUUUUACCGAUAUUGUAUUAUGUAUACAAACACCCUUCUAUAAAUAGGACUACCAUUUAAUCCAUCUUUUCAAAUCUUUCCAGAAUUAACUAAAUCAUCCUUUCGCUUUGCUCUUACAUACCAAUUAGCAGAAUCAUCCAGAGUUCAGAUUAAAAAAGAAAACAAUUUUCGCAGUAAUGGCCACCAAAAUCUACAUAGUUUACUAUUCAAUGUAUGGACAUGUUGAGAAGUUAGCUGAGGAGAUCGAGAAAGGAGCAGCAUCCAUUGAAGGAGUUGAAGCAAAACUAUGGCAGGUACCUGAAACUCUAUCUGAUGACGUGCUUGCUAAAAUGAGUGCUCCGCCAAAGAGUGAUGUCCCGAUCAUCACACCUAAUGAGCUUGCUGAGGCAGAUGGAUUUCUUUUCGGUUUCCCGACAAGAUUUGGUAUGAUGUCUGCUCAAUUUAAAGCAUUCAUGGAUUCCACAGGAGGACUCUGGAGAACACAACAACUUGCAGGGAAACCUGCAGGCAUCUUUUACAGCACAGGAUCUCAAGGUGGCGGACAAGAGACAACUCCGUUGACGGCCAUAACACAACUCACCCACCACGGACUGAUCUUUGUGCCAAUCGGUUACACAUUUGGAGCUGGUAUGUUCGAGAUGGAGCAUGUCAAAGGAGGUUCACCUUAUGGUGCUGGCACUUUUGCUGGUGACGGUUCUAGACAGCCUUCCGAGCUGGAACUUCAGCAAGCUUUCCACCAAGGCAAAUACUUUGCCACCAUUGCAAAGAAGCUCAAAACUCCAGCUUAAUCCACCUACGAAAGCUGGUGCGUAAAACAAGACUUGUUGCUCUGAGACAUCUGCAUAUUAUUGUGUAUCAUAUAUGUUCCUUGGAUAUUCUAUCUAUUAUUUACUUCAUUAUGUUUUGCUUGAUUUGUCUUCUUGAUUUGUUCUAUUGUAUUUGUAUGAAAUUUGCUCAGCCAAGUAUAUAAUAUAUAUAUUUGAAAUUUAA